UCUUCAAUACCCAAAUGGGUUCCUAUAUUAGUACCUGAAAAUAUAUUAAGAUUUAUGGGAAAGUACACACUUGAUGAAAACCCCUCUCAUGAUAAGCUAAAAAUAGUAGCAAACGCAGGAGAUUUAAUUGAUAUGAAUUAA